AUGCAUCAUACUCUCAGAAUCGGUACAUUCAACGUAAUAUCACUAGCAUCAAAGAAAAUAUUAAUGGAACUAACGUACAUGUUACAAAAUAUAAAAAUCGAUAUACUCGGCUUGGCAGAAGUAAGAAGAACGGGCUACGCAAUCGAAGAACAUGAAGACUAUAUAUUUUGUUACAAGGGUGAAACGCUCGGCCUAUACGGAGUUGGAUUCUUAAUAAAAAAAGAACACAAACAUAAUAUUGUCAGUUUUUCAGCCUUUUCAGAAUAUGGCCACCCGCUAUUAAAAAUUAAAUACAACAACCAACUGAUUACAAUAAUACAAGUAUACGCACCUACUGAAAAGGCUACAGAGGAAGAGAUCAACUCAUUCUAUGAAACAGCACAACCUAAGCGAUUAAGGACAGAUGAGGACAUUUUGUCGUACUUUAAAAAUCUCGAGAUCAACAAGCAAAAAUUGGAAACACAAGAAAAAGAUAUUCAAACCUUUUACGACAACUUAGUUAGCAUCAUUGCCUCCAGCGUUGCAUGCAUAUCUAUACAUAAACAACAAAAAUCUAUUAACAAAAUUCUUAGCGAGCCUACUAAAACUCUUCUUAAAAGGCGAACUGAGCUCCUGAAAACCAAACAAAAAACUAAAGAAAUGAAGAAAGAACUGAGCACACUAUUUAAAACUACAAGCAAGGCAAUAGAUAAAGACUACAAAGACCACAGGUACAAAAUAAUUGAGGAAAAUAUAUACAAGCACAGAAGCACGAAAAGAGCAUACAAGAAAUUAACCACACAUAAAAGUUGGAUACAAAACUUGCGAUCUAAAACUAAAGAAACAAAAACCAGAAAAGAUAUCAUAAACUGCGCCACAGACUAUUAUAAGCAAUUGUACACAAAACCUACUCCUUGUUUAUCAAGUAUCACCGCAACAAGCGCUGCAAUACCAAAACCGCAAAGUGUGAUCGAUUUGCCACCAGUGGAUGAGAAGGAAGUCUUUAAACAUAUCAGGAAACUCAAAACAGAUAAAAGUCCGCGCCCUGACGGCAUACAAAAUGAAGUUUUAAAAGCUGGUAUUACCCUACUAACUAGCCCACUCACGUACUUGUUCAACGAGGUUUUAAACACAGGUCAAGUACCGACGCAAUGGAGAAAAUCAGACAUAGUACUUCUAUACAAGAAAGGAGACCCUGAAGACAUUUCCAAUUACCGCCCGAUUAGUCUCCUUUCAAGUGUCUAUAAAAUAUUCAUGUCAAUAUUACAAAGCCGUCUGGGUCCGACAAUCGAUAACCAUCAGCCAGUAGAACAAGCGGAUUCCGUUCCGGAUUUUCUACGACGGACCAUAUACAUGUACUGCAACAAAUAA